AGCUCAUUAGUAAGUUCAGUCGAGUAAGCGCAGUAGUUUAGCCGAUCAGUUAGGGGUUAAAAAAAAUAAGCAGAAAACGAGCAUUGUGGUCAGUACCUCCACACAGCCCGCCGAUAUUCUAAAAUAGAGUUCGUUUGUAUUUCACUAAGCUUUAUUUUAAGGGGUGUGUCCUCUGAAUGUAUUAUUUUGAUUGUGAACCUGACGUCAGCGGACAGCUGUGCGUACUGGCGCUUUCAGUGCAGGAUGUGCAAGGACAGCAGUCGCUUCACUGACCAGGCUGUUGUGGGGUUUUUUUCGUCCGCUGGAGAGGGAGGCAGGCACUGGGCUGUGUACCUUUAAGAGAGGGCGGAGAGAGUUAGAGCCCCGGGCUGUAUGUUGAGCGCAGCGCUGAGCCCGUUUAGGUAUCUCUUCGUUUUCUCUCUUCUGUUUUCUUCGUGCAGAUUUUACUGUGUUAUGUAUUAUUCAUGAAUGACGCCUGGAGGCGGGGUUUGUACCAAGUAUCAAUAAUAACAGCAGUGUCGAGGAGGCGGGCACGCUGACACUGAAGAUCCAUGUCUCCUCCAGAGUUGGCCUGAAACAUGAUAGAAAUGUCAUUUGACAAAGAAACUGUUUUAUCUUGUGAGGGGCAAAGAGACCCCACUUCCCAACAGCACUCAGAACUUAUUAGCAAUGAUGCCAGCUCUCCCCGUCCGUCCGGGAACACCACGGUUAUAAACCUCAGCAAAGAAGCCAGUGAAGGGGUAGGAAGUGAGACCUCACUGAAACACAGAGAAACCCCAGAAAACGAUAUUUCGAGUGAAAGUGGGGUUGUUGGGGUCGAAUCGUCUACAGAAACUCAAAAUGGCACCCAGCAGCCUAAACCUCAACAGCAGAAAAUCAAUAAGCGCCGCAGCACGUUGAGCGCUGGAUUCAAGCACCCCGGUUAUGGUAAACGACGACGACGUGCCAACUCUGAGAGCGAGUCCGUCCUGCCAACCAAUUUCCUGCUGGGCGGGAACAUUUUUGACCCACUCAACCUUAACAGCCUUUUGGAUGAAGAGGUGAACCGGGCUCUCAAUGCAGAGACGCCCAAAUCCUCGCCAUUGCCAGCCAAAAACAGAGACCCUGUAGAGAUCCUGAUACCCAGAGAUAUCACAGACCCCCUGAAUCUCAACUGCCCCAGUGCGGGGGACAGCAGUCUGCUGGUGUCUCCCUUGAAAAGUGGUGGAGGCAGGCGAAGACAUCGGAACAAGCACCACGGAGCGAGCGCUGGAAGAGUUUCGGGUGAAGGAAUAGUCACGCAGGUGGAUUUACCGGAGUCUAAUGGCUGUGCGUCAGGACAAGAUGAGGGAACAACAAUGCUGUCCUUAACGCGUUUGCACUUAGGCGCUGUGACAAACACGCUUGUUCUUGAGGACCAACCACUAUCGGACUCCACUCUUGAGGCUCAGUGUUCAAAUAAGCCUAAUUUAGCCACAAAUGGCGGUGAGGUGAAGGAGAAAACCAUUAACAUGUCAACCGCACCUUCAUCCACAAACCCCAUUAACCCUCCAUCCAGCAGGCAGCGCAAACGCAGGCGCGCCGGAAGCAGAUGCGAGAGUGCCGAUAGUUCAAAUAGCAUGAGAAAUUGGGGUCAGAGAUAUGGGAGACAUUUUCAGCCCUCUCACACCCCAGCAAUGGGCUCUUGUAGCGGAGCUGCUGAGAGGCCUCAACAGCAUCCAAACAAUUGGAGGUCACAGAGCAACAGCAACCAGCUCCCACAACAACCUAAAAAGAAGUUUCAGUAUGGCAACUACAACAAAUACUAUGGUUAUAGGAACCCAGGGCUGAGCGAGGAUCCUCGUAUCCGCGUCAUGGAUCCAGAAUGGUUCAGAGGGAAGGAGGUAUUAGAUAUGGGUUGCAACACUGGGCAUCUGACUUUAUCAAUUGCCAAAAAUUGGCGACCGGCGCGGAUUGUGGGUUUGGAUAUCGACACUGCGUUGAUACACGCUGCUCGGCAGAAUAUACGCCACUACCUCUCUGAGGUUCACAUGCAGCAGGCCCGGCGUUCUGGGGAGAAUGGGGAGGGAAAUCGAGGGGAAGGGAAGGAGGGGAUUGACAGGGAUUUAGUAGAAGAAAAGAGUCCGAGGAGAGGGAAGGACGAAGAGAGUUUUGUUGCGAGAGAGGAGAGGGAUGAGGAAAAAACUAAACUCGUGGACGAAGCGAAUGAAUGCAUGGUCGAAAAAGGAAUGGAAGUCGAUCGAGAAGAAAUGGAGAAUAAAACAACGGAGGCUGAUCGGGGAGAAACGAGUGGGAAGAUGGAAGACGAACCAUCGACAGGUCUCCCUGAUGGAAAGCGUUUAUUCCCCGUCUCGCUACGGAUCUCAAGAGGACCCAUAGCUGGCCCCCCUUUGCCUGAGAUGAUCACAAACAGUCUCCCUCCUGGAGAUUUCCCUGCCAACGUGACAUUUAUCAAGGGGAACUAUGUGCUGGAAAGUGAUAUGUUGCUGCAGACACAAAGGGAAGAAUAUGACGUGAUCCUGUGUUUGAGUGUGACAAAAUGGGUCCACUUGAACUGGGGAGAUGCGGGACUUAAACGGCUCUUCCAGAGGGUGUACAAGCACCUGCGGCCAGGAGGACUCUUCAUUUUGGAACCCCAGCCCUGGAACUCCUAUGGCAAAAGAAAGAAACUCACGGAGACCAUCUUUAAGAAUUACCACAGCAUCCGUUUAAAACCGGACCAGUUCUCCUCCUACCUGACUACUGAAGUGGGCUUCUCCAGUUAUGAGCUCAUCGGAACGUCACAGAAUUAUUCUAGAGGUUUUCAGAGACCAAUCUACCUUUUUCACAAAGGACCCUCACCUCAAAAGUGACGCCACCAGUUUAACCACCAACUCUGAGAAGAAAACGCAGGACUGGAUUGGAUUAUUAAAAACCAGCAUCUGAAGCCACUGGAGCAGUUUUCUCUGAAAGUAUGACUUUCGAUAUUUUGAACACUCAAAUGGAAUCUCAGUGGUGCUGAAUAAGAGAAAGAAAAAUUCAAGGACUGGACCGAAAUGUUCAAGGAAUGUUUUCCCUACCGAAGCGAGCCGUUUUUAACCCUCCUAAAGAAUGGUAUUGUAAACAAGCACAAAUUUAAAUCCAAUCAAAUCGCAUCAAGUCAUUUCUAAGCUCCUGUUGAACACAGUUCGUUUUAAAAUGCGAAUUCCUGAGCAACUCUGGCUUCCUUUCUAGCACACAAAACUGGUAAACGACCAUCUAGAAGCGAAAUGCUUAGUGGUUGGCUGCGUGAACGUUUUCUUUUCUCAAAAGGAAAAAUUACAGCAUGUUACCGGAUGUUCAGUUUUCAGAUUUUUAUUUUUUUGCUAUUUCGUUGUUGUUGUUGCUGCACUGUUGUAUACUACUAAUUCUUUACGUUUUGAAGAAAGCAUUGCUAUUAAAAUAGGAAGCUUUUGACAGUUUUAGCAUCUGUCUGGCCAUCAGCAAAUUUGCGGUCUGCAUGGCUGCCACUUAACAAACACCGAUAGCUUCAUUUGCAGUUUUGAGUUCUAUUGCCUGGCCUAACAGGAUCGUAAUUUUGUCCUUGGCAGUUUUGAAGCUGCAGGUUAGCUGAUAUGCUCUGAUAAAGUGUUAACCAAUCUAAUCUCCCUAAAUAAAAGUCCAGAAGGAUUUGAUUCCUUUUUGGUGUGGUGGGUCAUAGAGAAUGAUGUUUUUUUUUUUUUUUUUUUGUUCUUCUCAAUCUGUUUUGUUCUGAUUGUCCAACUGUUAAAGUUUAACAAAAACCGAGGUACAUUUUGUAAAAUGUUUGUUUGUCCAGAGUUCUUGUCACAACUGAGGUAACCUUGUUGUUGUUAGUUUUAUUCCUGUUGAAAGGUUUGCACUAAAGCGAGAGAAUAAAUUUGUCUCCCACAUUUGUAUUUUCUUGUGCAAAUGUAAAGUUGGUGUAUCUCUGAAAAGGGUUCUUUUCAUUCAAAGGACUCCUAGAAAUUGAAAAAUAAACUACAAAAUGAUGUGAAUCUG